AAAAAUUGGAAAAAGAAAAUCAGCAAGUUUUCUACUCUACUCAAACGACUCCACUCUUGACGUUUCAUAACAUAACCGAAGGACAGAGAGGGAAAGUAAUUUUUAAAUAUUUGAUAUAUGGUGAUAGUUUUGCAUUUUGUUAUCUUAUUUUAUUGGUGUAAUUUACAUAGAGAUUAAUGAUAAAUACUGUGAAUGUUGUAAUACACUCUAACAUAAGACAGUUCAUCGUGCUUUUCGUAAGAAAGAUGACCCACCAAGUCUUUGUCUAUGGCACGCUGAAGCGGAACGAGCCUAACCACUACUGGCUAACUAACCCUGAGAAUGGAGCGAGCAAGUUCAUCACUAACGGAACAACUAAGACUAAAUAUCCACUAAUCAUUGCUACUAGAUACAACAUUCCAUUCUUACUUUAUAGUCCAGGGGAUGGAUCUAAUGUUCAAGGUGAAGUGUAUGAAGUUGAUGACAAAAUGCUGAGUAAUCUGGACAUAUUGGAAGAUCAUCCAAAAUUCUAUGUCAGAGAAGUGGAUGACAUCCAAAUACAGAAAGGGAGUGAAACAACAACAACAAAAUGUUGGGUGUACUUCCUAAAGACCUUUAAACCGGAGCUGUUAAAGAAGCCAACGAUGAGCAACUACUCAUCCUCUGGACCCCACGGCCUCGUCUACUCCGAGAGAUGCCGGCGAUCAAUACCACUGUGCGAGCGGGACAGCAAAUAUAAUGAUGCGCGUGCGAUAGAGACAGGAAAUGGUAAGUUAAUAUGCGAAAUUCUUCGUGCUUUGCUACCUUACUUUGCACAGAGGUACAAUAAUAUAGAGAUGAAAUGGGGGAGGGGGGAGAAAGAGACGCUCUUACGGAACUUUCAGUAGGAGUUGCAGAGAAAGCGCUAUUAUUGUUUGCCCUUGUCAUAGUCUAACUUUGUCCUAUCUGCCUACUUCUAAAAAGUCAAGUGACGUAGACGCUUUUUGUUGCCCACCAGGCCACCAUUCUUAUGGUCAUGGAAAAAGACAGCUAGUAUAUUAUGCGCGCAAGUUACCUACUGUCCGGCGCAAUCAUGAUAAGCCUACUGUGCCUU